AUGAAUGAGAAUGAAGCUGAAAGCAGUGGCCCAUGUAGGAAAGUUGGAAGAUCCGGUAGAAGAAAUCUCACUCCCUACUAUCCUUAUGAUCAUUUGACAGACCAUGGCCAAGAAAGCAGGAAAUCAAACUCAAAAAAUUUAAGUCAUCAGAAAGAGAUUGCUCUUUUGUCAGAAAAGCAAAUUGACACACGUCAGACUGGAGCAAUAUCUGCUAGGAAUGUUAAGACUGCUUGCAGAAUUGAUAAAAGUUACACAUCAAAUUAUAAAGAUAAUACUUGGUUUUCAAAUUCUUUUGUUAGCAGAAGCAGUUGUAGUGUUGGAAAGAAAAACAUUGGUCAUGCUGAAAGCAGUUGUCAGAGGACUAGUUCUAUACCAAAGAGGUUAAGAUUAGAUGUUGAUUUUAGUCAAAAGUCCCAAUCAGAUCCUAAUUUUGAUGCAGAAAUUGUUGAAGAUUUGGUAAAAAAUAGGAAACACUUUUCUGAUACUGAUCAUAAUGAUACAGAGGAUAGAAGUGGAAAUUUACAUGUAGGCCAAGAAGAACCACCAGUAAAACCACAAACAGGAAUGGCUAGUACCCUAUUAAGGAGUGAAAGGAAUUCUCAUCUCUUACAUUCCACUCCAAUAAAAAAUCAUAAAAUGAAGACAAGAUUAGAGAAAUCUGAGGUAAUUUCAACAGAAGCUGAAUACACCCUCAACAACAGCGACCAUAUUUUAGCUGGAUUAGAUAUGUCUUACAAUGUAAAUGAGGGGAAAACAGAUUCUAGAAUUGAAACAAACUUAAACAAUUCACACAUCUCUGAUCCUAAUCAGGAUCAAUCACAUAUUUGCAAAAGCAAUCAACAUAAUGGGAGUUCAGAUGUGAUUAGUGAUAAUUCAACCAUUGAACGAAAGAAAUGUCACUCUAUAAAAAGUGGUAUGUCUAAAGCACAGCCUCAGGAAUCUGUGCAACAAACAAAAUGUAUAAAACAUAUGGAUAUUUCUGAUGAUGACAUCUUUGCACCUGAUAGUGAUUUUCUAAGUCAGAUAGAAAGCUUGGAAAAGCAAGCAGACAUUGCAACAGAUAAACAAGUAAUGACAGAAAAGGCUAUCUCGCAUAAUACAACUAGUCAGCUUGUAUUGCAGGAAACUAGAAAAAAUAAAGUAUUUCUGAAAAGUUGUGAUAAAUCGGAUAACAGUGAUGAAAGUAAACAUUUUCGAGAAAAAACUGCAGGAUCAGGUACAAAAUCAGUUGAUCAAGAUCAAUUAGGCGUACAUAUUAGUACUGUGUUGGAAACAAAGCAUUUUACAGGUCCAAACCAAACUGACAAGACUUCACCUAUGGAAACAAAAGGUCAAAGUCCAGUGGCUAUAUCUGCACCUGAAGUUUCCACGACAAUGAAAACUCCAAAUUGUUCUGGUUUAGGAAGCUCACUAAAGGACAGGAUAAAACGUAGGCUUCAGGAGAAUGCCUUAACUAAACUGGUACACAGUCCUGGAGCAGUAAUGGAGCAAAGACGUGAGGCUGAAGUCUCUGUCGCCACAGAAGAGCAGAUUCAGAGGGAUGGCACUGACCUUGACAUUGGCCCUUUUUAUGGCCUAUCUUCUAAGGUCAAAACCUUACUGCAACAGCACAGAGGCAUCAACUCACUCUAUGCAUGGCAGGAUGAAUGUCUGAAUCUAUCUGCUGUACUGGAGGGAAAGAACCUCAUCUACUCCCUUCCGACAAGUGGCGGCAAGACCCUGGUGGCUGAAAUUCUCAUAAUGAGGGAACUUUUGUGUAAGAAAAAGGAUGCCAUCCUUAUUCUGCCAUUUGUUUCUAUUGUACAGGAAAAGGUCAGGGGAUUGUCUCCCUUUGGUAUUGACCUGGAUUUUCUUGUGGAGGAGUAUGCAGGUAGUAAGGGAAAGUUUCCGCCAAUCAAACGCCGCAAGAGACCAUCAUUGUACAUUGCCACCAUUGAAAAAGCUCAUUCACUGGUCAACAGUCUUAUUGAGAACAACAGGAUGGACUCUCUUGGACUAGUAGUUGUGGAUGAGUUACAUAUGAUUGGUGAAGGAGGAAGUCGUGGGGCAACAUUAGAGUCAACACUUCUGAAGGUCAUUUAUACUCAUAAGAAGACACAAAUAGUUGGGAUGAGUGCCACCCUCAGUAAUAUAUCUGAUUUACAGACAUUUCUUGGAGCUGAGGUCUACUCUAACAACUUCCGUCCAGUGGAACUCACGGAAUAUGCUAAACUGCAGGACAAUAUUUACCAAGUGAACCCAAAAGCCAAGUGUCCAGAAGAUCAACUUGUACAUGACAGGGUUGUAAUGUUUAAGUACACCCCAGAUAUGACCCGAGUAGACGGAGACCACCUGCUAGGACUUGUGCUCGAAGUGAUUCCACAGAAGUCCUGUCUCCUGUUCUGUCCUACCAAGAAGAACUGUGAGAAUGUGGCCAUGAUGUUGUGUAAACUUCUUGUCAAACAUCAUCAUGAGCUCUCCCUAGUGAAGAAGACGGAGAGGAAAGCGUUACUUAAGGAAUUGUAUAAUGAUGGUGCAGGAAAAAUCUGUCCGGUUCUCCAGUACACAUUACACUUUGGUGUGGCAUACCAUCACAGUGGCUUGACCUCUGAUGAGCGUCGACUGAUAGAGGAUGCUUAUGUUGAUGGAACACUCUGUCUUCUCACCUGUACUUCAACACUGGCAGCAGGAGUCAACCUCCCUGCAAAAAGGGUGAUAUUGCGAUCUCCAUAUGUUGGAAGUCAGUUCAUCAGUCGUAAUCAGUACAAGCAGAUGGUUGGUCGGGCAGGUCGUGCAGGAAUUGACUCAUCUGGAGAGAGCAUUCUGAUCACCAAAUCCUCUGACACCGAAAAGGUGGGACAGCUACUGACUGCUCCACUGGAAGUAUGCCGUAGCAGUUUGAUGUAUGAUGAUGGCAAAGGCAUCCGUGGGUUAAUUCUGUCAGUUGUCGGUUUACAGAUGACCAAGACUACAAGAGAAGUUUUUGCCUGUAUGGAAAAAACAUUACUGUCGGUGCAAGCUAGUUGUGGUGUACCUUGUGAUAUUGUGGAAGUGACACGCCAGUCACUGCAGCAACUCAUUGACUUGGGUCUUAUUAUACAGAAACUGGUGUCAUCACAGGAAACAGACCAGGACCUUCAUCAUCUGGAGGUCACCAAUCUUGGUCGUGCAACAUUUAAGGGAUCUGUGAACUUGGAAUGGUCAGGUCGUCUGUAUAGUGACCUACAGCAGGCGGAGGAGUCACUUGUCUUGUCCAGUCAUCUCCAUCUUCUCUACCUGGUCACUCCUUAUGACAAGGUCACCAGUGUCAAACCCUCCUGGAUUGUCUUCUUUCAAGAGAUGAGCAAUCUAAACCCUGUGGAAUUAAAGAUGGCUGCAUUGAUUGGUGUUCCAGAGGGACAUAUUGCCAGGAAAGCAUCCGGCCAGAAUUCCAGACAGAAAGUAGAUGAGUUUGUUGUGGGUCGAUUCUACCUUACACUGAUGCUGUAUGGAUUGUGGAAACAGAGAUCUGUGUGGGAGGUGUCAGAGAAAUUUCAGCAAUCCCGUGGAUUUGUUCAGAACCUGCUGUCCAGUGCAGCUAGCUUUGCUUCUUGUGUCUACCACUUCUGUCAGGAACUAGAUGAACUCUGGCCAUAUCAGGAUCUAUUUGGGAACUUUGUACAGCGCCUGGCUUAUUGUGUGUCCUCAGAACUGAUUCCAUUGAUGGAAAUACCUGGGGUGAAACUGGGGCGAGCAAAACAGAUGUUCAAUGUUGGAUAUAGGACCUUGUCACAGGUGGCUAAUGCUGAACCAGAUAACCUUGUUAAGAAAAUCAAGCCAAUUCCCCGCAAAACGGCCCAACAGAUUGUCACAGCGGCGAAGAUGCUUUUGAAUGAGAAGGCAGAAGCUCUCUGGCAGGAAGUGGAGGACCUUGUGAUGGUGCCCGAGACUGUGUCAACUCAGCCUUCCCCAGAGUUAUCCUCUCAAGGGUCUGUUGCAUCAUCAGACAUACUCAGCAGCCUCACAGACUGGGCAGACUAG